AUGAGCGGCGGGCGGCAGCGCACUUUGCCUCAGGCGUGGUGGACGGUGGGUAGGAAGGCAGCGGAGAAGGGCAGGAAGAAAGCCGAAGAGAAGUCGGCGGCGGAGGAGGAAAAGGAGGAGGAGGAGAUAGACGAUGACCUGCUGUUGGUGGAAGCCGCGGCGGCGGCGGACCCGAGCCCGGCGGCGGGCCCGAGCCCCGCGGCGGGUUUCUGCGCGGCGGCGGGCUCCAUUUGGAUCUACCCCACCAACUACCCGCUGCGAGCCUACCAGCUGCGCAUGGCCCACGCCGCUCUGCUGGCCAACACGCUGGUCUGCCUGCCCACCGGCCUGGGGAAAACCUUCGUGGCCGCUGUGGUCAUGUACAACUUCUAUCGCUGGUUCCCCUCCGGGAAGGUGCUUUUCCUCGCUCCUACCAAGCCGCUGGUAGCUCAGCAGAUGGAGGCCUGCGCCAGCGUGAUGGGCAUCCCGGGCGGGCACAUGGCUGAGAUGACAGGUGGAACCCAAGCCCUCAAUCGGCGGGACCUCUGGACUGCCAAGAGAGUCUUUUUCCUUACUCCUCAAAUUAUGGUGAAUGAUCUUUCUCGUGGGACCUGUCCUGCUGUGGAGAUUAAGUGCUUGGUUGUUGAUGAAGCCCACAAAGCCCUUGGAAAUCACGCCUACUGUCAGGUCGUUCGUGAGCUAAGCAAACACACCAACCAAUUUAGGAUCCUGGCCCUGAGUGCCACUCCAGGCAGUGACACAAAGGCUGUGCAGCAAGUCAUUUCCAACUUACUGAUUGCACAGAUCGAGAGCUGUGCCGAAGACUCCCCAGAAAUUCAGCCUUACUCUCACCAGAGACGAGUGGAAAAGAUUGUCGUUCCUCUGGGUGAAGAUGUGGUAGACAUCCAGAAUGCUUACAUCCGGGUGCUGGAGGGCUUCGCCGGACGCCUCAUUAAAAUAGGAGUUCUAGCAAGACGAGAUGUUCCCAGCCUGACAAAGUACCAGAUCAUUCUAGCCCGAGAUCAGUACAGGAAGAACCCUUCCUCUCAAAACCUGGGAAUACACCAAGGUGUGAUUGAGGGAGAUUUUGCACUGUGUAUCAGUUUGUAUCAUGGUUACGAGCUGCUGCUGCAGAUGGGACUGCGGUCAUUGUUUAUCUACCUCUGUGGAAUUAUGGACGGAUCCAAAGGUUUAACCCGUACGAAGAAUGAGCUUGGUCGGAGCGAGGACUUCAUGAAGCUCUAUCAGCAGCUCACAGACAUGUUUGCAGACACAUCUCUGCCUUCAGGGGAUGAAAGGGUUCACAGGGGUAAAACAGUGUUUGACAAUAAAAAGGGAUUUAUCUACAGCCAUCCCAAAUUAAGGAAAUUGGAAGAAAUUGUAAUAGAGCACUUCAAAUCCUGGAACAAGAGAUGUUCUGAUCAGGUGAGGACAGAAAGCACGUCUGUGGUUGCUGUGGAUACCAGGGUGAUGAUCUUCUCAUCCUUUCGAGACAGUGUACAAGAGAUUGCAGAAAUGCUCUCCAGACUCAGCCCCGUCGUCAGAGUGAUGACGUUUGUGGGCCACUCCACAGGGAAGAGCACAAAAGGCUUCACACAGAAGGAGCAACUUGAGGUGGUAAAACGCUUCCGGGAGGGUGGAUAUAACACCCUGGUCUCUACCUGUGUUGGAGAAGAAGGCUUAGACAUUGGAGAAGUUGAUCUCAUCAUCUGCUUUGAUGCCCAGAAGAGCCCAAUUCGCCUGGUGCAGAGGAUGGGGCGGACGGGGCGCAGGCGGCAGGGCAGGAUCGUCGUCAUCCUGGCUGAGGGGCGCGAGGAACGAACAUACAACCAAAGCCAGGUGAACAAGAGGAGCAUCCACAAAGCUAUUUCAGGAAACAAAAUGCUUCACUUCUACCAGCACAGUCCACGGAUGAUUCCAGAGGGCAUAAAUCCAAAGCUGCACAAAAUGUUUAUCACUGCUGAAAAACAUGAACCCAGCAGCUCCAGAAUGCUUUCCAAAGAGAAAAGAUCCAGCUCCCUCCAGCACAAAUCUCUCUUUUCCUGUGUCACUGGCCAGAAACAAUCACAUCAUCAUGAGAAAUGGUCUCUGUCACCUGAGGAAUUUGAAAUGUGGGACAGAGUGUACAGAAUUAAGGAAGAUGAUGGAGUGAAGGAACCAGUGCUGCCUCAAAGUCGGUUUGAGACCUUAGAAAACCUGGAAGAAAUGCCAAAGCACCAAGAGGAGGCUUGUCAGGAACUUUCUUUGUCUGAGUGGAGUAUUUGGCAGAGUCGUCCCUUCCCUACGUCCAUGGUGGAUCACUCGGAUCGCUGCUACCAUUUCAUCAGCAUUAUGGAGAUGAUAGAGCUGCUGAGACAUGAACAGGGAGACUGCAGCUAUGACCUGGAGAUCCAGCCUCACUUGCAGAUUGAAGAUGUUCAUGUUAGAAGGAGAAAAAGCCACCUUUCCACCACCAGCUCCAUGAUGGAUCAGAAAGCAUGCUCAUCUGGAUCAAGAGGAAAACCAUUGUUCCCUGAUAGAAAUGAUGAUGGGAAUGAACUCUUUGCCACAUUCAAAGUAACAAAGGCUCUCAGAAGAACUUCAGGGUUAACUGGGGACAUGCCUGUGUUGCACUCAGACACCAAUACCUCAGCAAGACAGCUUCUUCCUGUUGAAAGCACUGACCAGGGCAGGCAAGUGGAUGAGGAACUAGAGGUGACUUUUGACUUGAAUGAGUCUUUUGACCUUUGUGAUGACAGUGAAAGUCUUGAAAUUCAUGCAAGUGAGGCAAUGAAGGGAUGCACAGCUGUGGGUAAAGCUUGUAGGUCACUGGGGACACCCCACACAGAUUCAGGUUAUGGUAGCUUCACAGGUGACAAGUCACCGCUGCCCUCUAACUUAUUUUAUCUUCCUGAGUCAUACCUGGAUUCCUUUGCUCUUGUGAGGCCAUCUGAGGAGCCUUCUGGGCUAAAGAACACAUUUUCUCUUGUGAAAAGGCUUUUAGCACAAUCUCCUCCCUCCCUGAAUCACCUUGAUGCCUUUGAAAGCACACUGAGCAAUGAAGAAACGCCACGGCCCCUCCAAAGAGCGAUUUGUGGUAGCUCUUCAGACAGGCUGCAGGACAAAGUCUUGCCUGUGGCUUCAGAAGCUGAUGCUUCACUGCUGCUCUUUGAGCAUCCUGAGCUGAGAGUCACAAGUGAAUCGUGUGCUUCUGUCCAUGCCUGUUUGCCAGAACCUCUGUCAUCUCCUGAGGCUGCUGCUGGUAGAGCUGAAGAGGAGCAUCCUUGGGAUGACAGCUUUGAGGGUCUGCUUGACAAUGAGGAAUUCCCUGAAACCCAAAGGAAAGCUGCAAAUCACACUCCAAAAAAUAAGCCUUCAAAGAAGAGUUUUGUCCAAGAGGAUGAAGCUCUGGAAUUUAAUAAGCAAGAAGUGAUGAUGGAUGAGGAGAGGAGUGUCCAUUUAUUUGAAGAUGACCAUAUUCCUGACACAAACAACCAAAGUUAUUCUACAAGCAAGAAGCGUUUCACACCUUCCCAUGAACCCUGCUUGAUCAGCAGGCCAGAGGCAGAGGAAGAGUCUGAGUGGCUUCCUUCAGAGGUGGGCUGCCUGAAUGCUGACAAAACCUGCAAGGGGCAACCAACCAGCAGUAAACCCACCCCCAUGGAGGUGUCAGGGGAUACCAGUGUGACCAAGCAGCUUCUGGACAAUGAUGAUCUUCAUGAUUGCUCUCAGGAGCUCUUUUCUGUCAACUUUGAACUGGGAUUUUCCAUUGAAGAAUGUGAGGAUGACAUCCUUGAGGAAAACAGCAGUAACACCAGAAAGUCAACCAGUGCCCCAGGGAGUCAUGGAGAUGUUAACUCCGAAACCAAAUUGCUGGAGGAUAGCUCCAGGCUUGAAACAUCACCAAAAUGGGAUUGCAGAAGUCUUGAGAGGAGACACAUCUCCACACCAUUGCUGUUCCAGGGAAGGGACAUGGAGGACAGAGAAGGGGCUGAGGAUGCCACCACUGCAGUGCCUUUCUUGGAGUCAGGAGGCAGAAGAAAGGGCAGAGGAUCACCUGAAGCUUUAGCUUUGGCACUUUCUACGCCAACACGUGGAAAGGCUAUCAAAAAGACUCCCAGGAAUAUCUUCUCUAGUGCCAAGGAGAUUGCAGAGGUGACUUUUGCAGAAGUAAAUAAAAGCCCACACAGGCAGGACUGUGGGAGUUCAGCCACAGAUAGGCUUGAGUCUCCUUUAGGAAGAACUGAAAGCCUGGAAGACAUCAACCUUCAUCCCUCAUGUGUGUUUCCUGCUUCAGGACCCAGCAGUGAGAGCGAAGAAGAGAUCGUUUUCCAGAGAAAAAACAGGAGAAAGAAGAAUGUUUUGAAGUCUCCUGAUGUUCGGAACGACUCCGAUGCCGAGUCACCCGUCCGCACCACCAGGAAACGCCAGCGCCCUCUGAACGUGUCUGACAUGUCCAGUGAUGACAGCAGCAUGGAUUUUCAGCAGAGCACCAGGAGGAUCACAGACACCAGCUCAGCAGCUGCUAACAAAAACCAGCUGAGAAGUACCAAAAGGCAGAAGGUCAAGAGCAAUUUUUCACACAGGCAUGAAGCAAGACAGUUUCUAGAUGAAGAAGCUGAGCUGUCCCAGCAAGAUGCAGAGGUUGUCUCAUCUGAUGAGAAUGAGGAUAUAGAGAGCGAGCUGAGCUCUUCCCUUGCUCAGUUCCUGAAUGAUGAAGCAGAGGUCACACAAGUGUUGAAUGAGUGUGAGAUGAAAGGAGUUUACCUGAAGUCCGUCCGCAGCCCAGCUCUGGGCAGCAGUUACAAAAUGGUCCAUCGUGCAUUCGACAGCAUGGCCGUUUUCUCACAGAUUCCUGAGCAAGACCAGGCUUAUGCAGAAGACAGCUUCUGUGUGGGAGAGGAGGAAGAGGAGCCUUGCCCCAAAAAUGAAUCUAGUGAGGAAGAAGUGAGUGUGAAUUUUGAUCUCCUACACAAUGAGGCCUUCAGUGGUGGGAGGAAACAGUACCUGACCCGCCGCAGGAGGAGGCUAAACCAGGCCAGGGUGGAGGAGACCUGCUCUGUCCCACUGCAGAAGAAGAAACCAUCCCGGAUUAUUGUCCUCAGUGACUCCAGUGGGGAUGAAGCCGUUAGCAGCAGUGAGAAGCCUGUGAGGCCAGACUGUUUGAGGGCAGAACAGAAAAACAAGCCACCCAAGGCAUUGCCUUCGGCCUCCUCUGUGCAGCAUGAAGGAACUGCUGGGGAUACUGUUGCUCAGCAGUCUGUGAAGGACAAGAAUGAGUUACUUCUUGGGUUGAAGGCUUCAGUAUCUGAAAUGCUGGAUUUUCACCCAGAGCAUCAUGGCAGGAGGACAUGCUCUCCACCAGCUGUCCCUGAGCUGGGGAAGGAGGAUCUCCAGGCUCCCUCUGAGGUGGGAAGUUCCUUGAAGAGUGCCUGCAGAAACCCUUCAGUUCCACCUCCCUCUUCUUCCACAAAGACCUCUGCAGCUCCAGUUCCAUUUCCACCUGCUCCUCUGGAGAAGCCCCCUUCCCUCUGCAUUCUGGCAGACAGCAGGGAGAUCUCCUCUGGAGCUGAGGUGAUCUCCUCCUUGAAGGCCCUGCAUGGCAUGAAGGUGCAGAUUUGCUCACUGGGCAGCAGUGAUUAUGUGGUCAGCAACCGCCUGGCCGUGGAGAGGAGGUUUCUGUCUGAGCUGCUGAGCCCAGCCAACAGGAACAAGGUCACCCAGAGGAUCCAGUGCCUGCAAAACACCUUUGAGAGGGUCUGUAUGAUUGUGGAGAAGGACAGGGCUAAAGCAGGAGAAACAUCUCGCAUCUUCCAGAGGACACAGUACUAUGAUGGGGUCCUUGCAGCCUUGGUCCAGGCUGGGGUCCGAAUUCUCUUCAGCUCUUGCCAAGAGGAAAGUGCUGCUCUGCUGAAGGACCUGGCUUUGGUGGAACAGAGGAAGAAUGCUGCCAUUCGUGUGCCAACAGAGGUGGAGGGUCACAAGAGGGAAAUGCUCAACUUCUACUUGACCAUUCCCAACCUCAGCUACCCAGCUGCUCUCAACAUGUGCCAUUGCUUCAGCUCCAUCAAGGAGCUGACCAACAGCUCCCCCUCAGAGAUUGCUGCUGGUGCCCAGGUCAGUGCACAGAAGGCAGAGGAGAUCUUCCGCUACCUCCACUACGGCUUUGACCUGCAGAUGCUGCCUGACGACCUCAGUGCCAAGGGGAGAAGCAACACCAAGAGCUGAGGAGGUGAACGGGGGCUUAGGGACUCUCCCCCCACCAAAGCUGAUUUCUUUUAACUGCACUUUAUGGAGUUGUGGGUCACUGUAAAAUAUUGUAAAUAAAUCCUUGUGGAAAUACCAGGGGUUGGAGGUGCUGCAUCCAGCUCACACCCAAAGGAUGGCUCUGACCCCAGCAGGGUCCCAGUCGUGGCUGCUGUGUCCCA